UACGAAGCUAUUACAUUCCUCAUCGACUUAUUCAUUUUAGUCUUUCAGUAUUUGCUUACUCUCCCACCAGAAACAACUGGAAACAUAUGAGAUUAAGGCAAGUAUCUUUCUGAAAGUUUUGUCCUGUAAGUCGUUGAAGUUCAUUUUUUUUAGAUUUUAUCUUCUCUUCUUCAUGCUUAUGGAUUCAUUCUCCACCUUUCCUUUCCUAAAACAUUAGACCCAUUAAACAGUUACCAAAAUCCAAGUAAAAUAUGUAAAAGAAAGAGCAUUUUUUUAUACUGAGAUGGUCAUUUUUCAAGGUAACAGAACUUUGGUUUGGAUAGUUGAAGAUGGGAAUUCUAUGAUUACAGUUAAUUUUGUUAAUUGGGUUGUGCUUGUAUUUUGUGUUUAUAGAUAUUACAAAGCUGUUGUCAAGAAAAGAGAAAUAGUUUCUGAAAUUGUUUGAUAUGUUUCUGUUCUAUCCAAUUUGCAAUUGGUUUGUUUAAUUUGGCGGCAUAAAGAUGGGAAUAAACAAGGAGAAGUAUGCUGCUGAUCUCUCCUCCAUCAGAGAAGCACAAGCACGCAUCGAUUCUUUCAUACACAAAACUCCAGUCAUGACCUCAGAGUCUCUAGAUGCUAUUUCUGGAAGGAGGUUAUUCUUUAAGUGUGAAUGUUUCCAAAAGGGGGGAGCAUUCAAAUUCAGAGGUGCUUGCAAUGCUAUAUGUUCACUUGAUGACCGUCAGGCUGCUAGAGGAGUUGUAACCCAUAGCAGUGGUAACCAUGCUGCUGCGUUGGCAUUGGCCGCAAAACUACGCGGUAUCCCUGCAUAUAUAGUUAUACCAAAAAAUGCUCCGCAAUGCAAAGUUCAGAAUGUCAUGCGUUAUGGUGGUCAGGUUAUAUGGAGUGAGGCAACAAUUCAGUCAAGGGAGCAAACUGCAGCCAAGGUGUUGCAAGAAACUGGGGCUGUUCUUAUACAUCCUUAUAAUGAUGGGCGCAUUAUGAGUGGGCAGGGUACCAUAUCCCUGGAGCUUUUAGAGCAAGCCCCUCACAUAGACACCUUAAUAGUUCCCAUAAGUGGAGGCGGCUUGAUAUCAGGGGUGGCAUUGGCUGCCAAGUCCAUCAAUCCGGCCAUUCGAGUUUUGGCUGCUGAACCAAAGGGAGCUGAUGAUGCAUCUCAAUCAAAAGUGGCUGGUAGAAUUGUAACCUUACCUGAAACAAAUACAGUAGCUGAUGGGCUGAGAGCUUCCCUUGGUGAACUCACCUGGCCCAUAGUACGAGAUCUUGUUGAUGACAUAAUAACUGUGGAUGAUACGGAGAUAGUUGAAGCAAUGAGGCAUUGUUAUGAGAUUCUUAAAGUUGCAGUGGAACCAAGUGGAGCCACCGGCCUUGCGGCUGUCUUAUCUGAUACUUUCAGGAACAACCCUGCCUGGAAGGAUUGCAACCAAAUAGGAAUUAUACUUUCAGGAGGUAAUGUAGAUCUCGAAGUGCUGUGGAAUUCAUUUAGAAAAUGAAAAUUACAUAUGUUAUUGUUCCUAAGUAAACAUUUUCUUUCUCUUCAAAUUGAGCUUGGUUUCAUAAUGCUGAUAUGAAAUUGAAUUACUUGGUCGCAACCAGACUUCUUUUUUGUUGUUCUGCUAUUCUAUUCUAAUGUUUUUGAGAGUAUUGCCAAUCAUAAGCUUUUAGACUCUGUUCGUGCUUUCCAAAUCAUGAAAAAAAAACUUGGAGAAAUGCCAGUUUAAGAUGGCAAUUUAUUUCGUAUCACC